UAGGAGCUCGCGGAACGAGCAUAGGAGCUCGCGGAACGAGCAUAGGAGCUCGCGGAACGAGUACAAGGAUCAGCAGGGCUAGCUUAGGAGCUCGCGGAACGAGCACAGGAACCUGCGGAACGAGGAGGGCGACCACGGAACGAGAACGAGGCGACCACGGAACGAGUUCAGCAAGCGUAGUGACUGCAGAGCGAGAGUGAGGCAGAUUCGGAACGAGGUCAAGGUCGAGACAGGACAGAGUCCAAGGAACGAGUCGGAAACAGAGGGAUUUGCGAGGCUUGGAGAACCGAGGACGAGGUCGGCGAGCCUGAGGCGUCGUUGCGAGAUCACUCCCCGGCAUGUCUCCCCUCCACUCUCAUAGUACACUGGGCCGUCCACCCAUGUCACCUCUACCCCCGAAGCAACGGAUCACCCCACCCCUCGAACAUCAUCGCGCCCGGGGGUAUCCCACUCCCGAGCUACACAACUGGAGCCCACCGCGAGGGGUGGCACCCUAUUCGUGCUUCUUCCGCUCCGCCUACGGCUUCGCGUCAUCGCACCCACAGCAUAGGCAAGCAUACACAAUCCAAUCCAUUCAUUCCCCAUCUACUACGAGUACAUCACAUGUGGAACGACUUGGACUUGCGCGCGAUCCAGAGACGGCCAGGGUCACUACGGGGACUGUGUACAGGCGAGCCAACGUUUACUCCCUCCAUUACCAGUCCACCGUUACAGUGCAUGCGGAAUCCACACCGGUGCGCGACUCAGCGGACGUGGUCGCGAGAUCAACAGGCACGACAGUACCUCUGAGCUGGGCCACAGAGACGGCAACUACUCGAGACGACCGCACGCAUGGACCCGACAGCCUUUUCACCGCCUCGACAUUUGCAACCGAGACUUACGAGCGAGCUACGGGACGUGCGACUGUGAUCUUCGAGCCAGUCACAGCACAUGCAGGCGACGCUCGUCUCGCGACGCACACAUUCAUUGCAGGCGGCACCUUCGCCCAGCCUUCCGCGGAGGUGCGGAACCGCAGCGUCCACGAGGCUCGACCAGCUGCACACACGAGCGUUGUCGCAGGCGGACAGAGGCUGGGGACGACGACACAUGUACAGGAGCGAGCUUCCGGCAGCAACUUAGUCGAGGACGCCUCUCGCGGUAUUGGCAGGACGGCCGACUCGGGUGCCCACGUCACCGUACGCUCGCAUGUUCACCGAGACUGCUCACUCACGCUUAGCGAGUUCUGGAACGGAGUAGCAAGUCUUACGGCGAGGAAACACGAAGGAGCUACCCCGCACGAGAGCCUCACUGUGAUGACGAGGCCCGAGACGAACGCGGGCACCGACGAUCUAAGCAUUCGCGAGCAAUCUGGAGGCACGUGUGGAGGUGUAUCUGCCAGCUCGGGAAGGCGACACGCGAUGAAUAAAGGAGGUAGCUGGGAGGAGUACAUGGGUAAUGCAAGCUCUAUGACACAGGGACCAACGGGCGCGUCGGACAGCAGUCCAUGUCCACUCGACGAUCUCUUCCUCGAGAUAUUGCAGCUCACAGCAAGAACGUUCGAGCGAGUCGACGAGCCCGCGGGAGAUAGACUCGCUAGGAUCGAGGCCACGCGGACCAGCGACGCAAUAUCUUCAGACACCAGUGUUAGUCCCACGAACUCGGAGCAGGCGACGGCGCACCCGGACCACAGGUCGGAAGGAGUUGCAGCGGCGAACAGAGGGCGGGAAGAGCGUUCAGCGGGGCGAACGUCACUGCGCCAGUUCAGCUUAUACGAGCGUGUCGUGACGGAAGAUACGCGAGCGACUUCAGGGGUCGGGGCCUGUCAAGUGAAGGUCGACUUCAGGACGCUAGAGAGGUCAGGAUACGAGAGCCAGAGCCAACGUUCAACCGGCAGGUCCUGGAGUCCAGCGAGUAACCGAGAAUGCGAGCAAGGCAUUCAAAUGUUAGAGGCGACCAGCGACAGUAGCAUCGAAUACAAGGAUAUGCGAGAGCGAGAGGGGCACGCACGGAAGGCGAGCGAGCAGACACCAUUGGCCAAGGUGCAGACCCCGACUGAGACGUACACGAUCAACCACCGUGAGUACAAGGCGCACCACCACGGCGCAGAGAUAGAGGAAGAGGUCGGGAAUCUGCUGGUGGCGCCGAGACGAAUCGUCACCGUCGAAGACGAGUACCCGCGGCCGGAGGAACGAACGGGAACUGAGACACGAGGAUCAGGACGGGCGCGAGAAGUGAUUACAGAGGUUAGACUCACCGGUGGAGUCGCUGGGAGCGACGCGUGUCUCGCAGGGGUCGGUCGCCGACACAGGAGCCCGUUCAGCGAGGUGCUGGCUCCGACGCGAGGAGGUCGAGGAGGAACGGAUGCGCCGUAUUUAGUCGACCAAGUGCGGACCUAUGAGGACUCGAGUGUAAGCGACAUCGAACGAGAAACGACGAGAGAAUGGGAACUUCUGGACGCGGCACAGGCGGGGCGUCGAGCGAGCGAGACGAGCCAAGACCACGGGCGAGAGACCCACGGCGGGCGGGGUUUGCGUGCAAGGACCUAGCGACGACUGGCAUUGCGCAAGGCCGGGAUUUUGACGGCGAGCUAGGCCGUGACGAGAAGGGGGUUGCGGGUGGUGAGGCUUCAAGCGCAGCCAUUAGCGCGUGCAGCAAGGAACAGAAGGAGGUCGGCGAGUUCUUGGGGGCGGCAAGACGAGUCUUCAAAACCGGAAACGACUGGCUGCGGCUGUACCAGGAAGCUGAACAGAUGUCACGGGCGACUAGGCGGGUCGCGACAACAGCGUUAAAGGACAGACGUACCGGUAGA